AUGCAAAUUAUCAAGCUUUUCUACACCUUAAAUUGUUUAUUCGUGACAUCCAUAGUAGCACAAUCAGUAUCUUUCAAUACCGACCAACAAGAGGCUUUAAUAACAAGAGUAGCUUCUGAUAUCCGCUCCUUCCCUAGUGAGUACGUUGAAUAUUUCAAAACCCAGCUGUCAGUUGCCUUUCCACUUGACUUGCUCUCGCUCAGAAGGUUUUCCACGUAUACUGAUGAUUCCUACACCACGAUUGUAGAGGAUUCGGAGUUGAUGUCAGAAUUGGAAAACGUUGUUACCCAGUUACCUUGGUACAAUUCGAGGAUUGCCAACAGCAACGUGCCUAGUGUCACUACUGAUGAUUCAAGCGAAAGUGGAAGUGAUUCAAGCAGCAGCAAUAUGGGGAUCAAAUUGCAAGGAGGGUUGUUUGUAGGGCUCGUUGGAGGUUUAGUGUUGGCCCUUUAA